CGGCCCCGGGUAGGACCAAGAUGGCGCCCCUUCCGGCUUCCGUGCCAUGUCUGUCGUCACUUCCGGUGGGCUGACCCCGGGCGCCCCGACCGGUCGGCUGGCGGAAGUUCCGGUCGGAGAGGCAGGAGAGUGUGUCUGGGAGCCGGGGAGAGAGCGAGCGAGCGAGAGAGAGAGAGAGAGGUGCCAGCUGUUGGAGUUCCUUUCAGUGUAUGUGUGGUAACAACAUGUCUGUCCCUCUCCUUGCUGAUGCGGUGACUGUUUCAGGGGCAGAACGGGAGACUGCAGCGGUCAUUUUUUUACAUGGGCUCGGAGACACAGGGCACAGCUGGGCUGAGGCAUUAUCUUCCAUCCGGCUCCCAUAUGUGAAAUAUAUCUGCCCUCACGCGCCAAGGAUUCCUGUAACCCUCAACAUGAAGAUGGUGAUGCCCUCCUGGUUCGAUCUGAUGGGGCUGAGUCCGGACGCGCCUGAGGAUGAAGCUGGAAUCAAGAAAGCAGCUGAAAACCUUAAAGCAGUUAUUGAGCAUGAGAUCAAGAAUGGCAUCCCAUCCAACCGCAUCAUCCUCGGGGGCUUCUCACAGGGCGGUGCCCUAUCACUCUACACGGCGCUCACCUCCCAAUACCAGCUGGCUGGUAUCGUGGCUCUCAGCUGCUGGCUCCCGCUACACAAGGCCUUCCCUCAGGCAGCGAGCAACGGCGUGAACAAGGAUAUCGCCAUCCUGCAGUGUCACGGUGAGAUGGACCCCAUGAUCCCUGUCCGCUUCGGAGCCCUCACAGCCGAGAAGCUGAAAUCCGUCGUCACCCCCACGAAGGUUCAAUUCAAAACCUACCCUGGAAUGAUGCACAGCUCCUGCCCUCAGGAGAUGAUGGCGGUGAAGGAAUUCAUUGAGAAGCUGCUGCCCCGGAUCUAAGCGGAGCCACUCGAGACUGUCGCAGGGAAAGGAUGCAAGGUCACCACUGCUGAUCUUUCCCACUGAUCCUGUCUGCUGCAAACGGAAGCCAUGGCAACCAACCUCAACUCCAGUUGUUUUCCCUCCCUUCAGUCCUUCCCUCUCCUGUCUCUUCUGCACCACGGUCCCUCAGGUGUGUGGGGUGUUGCUCCCCGAUGCUCCCUGAGUUGAGAGUGGAGCUAUUUAAGGUAGAGACUGUCCCAAGUCCAGUGUGGCCUUAUCUCUCGUUUUUCCCUUGAGGAUUUUGAUCCCCUUGAUUUUCCUAUAUCCAACCUGGCUGUGGAGGUGAGCUCAGCACUAACUCAGGCUGAUUUCCGUGUUCUUGUGUCUCCUGUUGCAGUAUUAGCAGGGAUCCCUCCCUUGGAAAGCAGGAGAUGUCUGGGAUCUGGGGAGGGCUGCUGGCCCAUGGUCCCCUGGUCUUCAGCUUGAGAGCUUUGGAAAGCUACCUAGAAAGGCCCGAUGACCCCACGGUGUGGCCCAGUGGGUCAUGGCCUCUCGGCAGCUGCACAGUCCUUUGGUCUCCAUGGCGGGACGAUUCAGAGGUUUUUAAAACAAAUCAGCCUCUGGAACCUGAGCCUCCGAGGGGCCCAGCUCAGGGGCCGUUGGGCCAGAGAGCGCUACACUGGGACUGUACCUUAAACUCUGCUCUGCUCCCUCUCCCAGCAGCACAGCUGAGGGAGCUGGCAGCACACGUGGGUUGGAAGGUAGCCACCUACGUUCUCCAUGUCCACACCCCUCCUGCCAUGUGCUCUGUUACACGCACCCCCAACAGGAAGGCAGCCAUGCCCAUGGGCUCCACACUGCGUCUGAUUGUGUCUCUGCUGCCAGGGUGCAGCGGCUCAGCUGUUCUAGAGAUAAUCGAGGGAUUUCCUUCUCCUGUUGCUUUUUACAAUCUUCUCUGUUCUGUGUGCUGGGGCAUCCCUGCACAUCUCUUCUCUCAUCACCGCACUGUUAGAAGCUAGGCAAGGAGGCAAAGACAAAUCACUGCAGUUUACAGCCAGCUUCCUAGUGUAUUUCCCCUGAGCUCUGCCCUGGGUGCUGGCUCAGUCAGGAGCGUCUCUUGCUGCUACAGCAGGGUCAGGUCAGGUCAGGUCAGGUAGAAGGACAGAAGGAAAAGCUCCAGCUGAUGCUCUUGUCCUGGGCUGGGAUAGAUGCAGGCAGGAGACUUGUUCCCAGCCUUGUCGUCGUCACCAGCAUCCACCAUUGCCCAUGUCAGCUCAGCUGUCUCAUCAGCAAAUGCUGGAGAGCCUUUUCCCACUGCCCAGGGCGCUGCCAGUCCCAGAGCCCGGCUUGGGGCCAGUUGCUGCUAUGGCCACAUAGCCCUGAGGGCUCUGCACACUUGCCCACAGGCACCAGCCUGCUGGCCGCAGGCAGGGAUUGUCCCAGCAGGGAAGGUGAGAGCAUCCGUAAGAGCUGGGGGCAGAAUCGCUUUCAUGAAGUCACCUGAGCCUGCCUUUGCCACAGGGGCCUUGCCCUUCUCCAUGGAAGGCUGGGUCCUUCCUGCUCUAUUCAGCUGAGCCUCUAGUGCUGGCACAGGGAUAGGGGGAUGUGGCAUCUGGUGCUGGCUGAUGUAUCUUGGCAGGUAGAGCAGCACCCCGCAGCCUAGAGGACUGAUCUCUCUCCCUCAGAGGAUCCAUCCUCUUUUCUCCUGCACCCCCUUGCAGCUGAGGGACAGCCUCUCCCUGAACAGGCCUGGGGGGUUGCUGUUGAGCAGUACAGGCUUGCUCCCCCCAUUCCUCCUGCAGUCACUGUCUCUAUCAGUUGAGCCAGGCCCUCCCACCCCCCCAGCGUAGACUUAACCAGCAUCGGUCAGGGCUAGAACUGCAGCUGGGGGCAGGGCUGGCUGUUCCCAGCUGUAGCUGGGCUCUCCCUGCAACCCCAGCAAGAGCAGGGAAGGCAGCAACUAACUCAGGCCCAUCCUAAAUGGGACCCCUCCCACAGGGGGGAAGAGCAGGUGAGGGAUGGUGCCCAUGGCUGGGGUGCAGCUUCCCAGAGGCAGGAGAAAAGGGGGCUUGACCCUGGUCCAUGGAUGCAGCUGUGUCCUCGGCUUGCCCAGCACUGCACAAAGCAAUAACCCUCUCGAGAGCCUCACAGUCAGGUUGGACCCAUUUUUAAAAGGAUUUAUUUAUGUUGCUGCUUGCAUGGGGGAAGGGGAGAGGCGGGACUAACUCGUCUCAUUUUGGACACAGCCCUUGUUUCUCCUCCUUGGGUCUGUUUAAAGCUGUGCCCCCUCCCUGGGCUGAGGGAAAUGCAGCUCGCAGGAGUUUAAAUUAAGGCUGGCAGUUCUACCUGAUCUAUGUGACUGUGAAUUGGAACAUUCUGCAUCCUGGCUGGCUGGGGGCCUGGCCUGCUGUUCAUUCUUAUGUAUGAAAGUACUGGCCUGUUCUCAGAGUAUUCCCUGGAGCUGCUCUCUCCCUGCGUAAGCUGCAACUUCCUCUGGGCUGGGGGCUGCUGAGUCCGCAGGGAGAAAGAGAAAGAAGCUUCUGUCCAUUCCUGAAAAUGGCUUUUAGUUCUCGGUCUUCCUUGGGGAGGGUUUGUGUUCCACACCCUUGGAUAUGAGAUUAAAGAAAACAUAAACCU